AGAGACGAACGUCUACGUCGGAAGCACAUUCUAUGAUCACGGGUGCAACGUAACACGUGUUAGGUCGAGUACGUUUACUUGUAGAAAGAGAGAAGACGUAGUGGCUGUGGCUCCGCUGGCAACGUAACGAAUCUUCGUCGUCGCCUAUCCAUUGUAGCAGCAUUAGUACGGAUUACGUAAUAUACACAAAAUUAUACAGUGACAAAAGUUGUGCAGCCAAGAUCCCAACCAUUCACGCCCGAAACAUAGAUCUUGAGAAAUUCAAGCGUUGCAACGGUGCAGAAGGGCUCUAUGUGCUCCACCGUGACUUGGGCGAAUGGUACUUUAGUUUCCAAGAGCUUGCUACUGUGGUAUCGCGAGAGGUGCGUCCAGGUGGCCUGUAAUCCGGGUGUGCAACAGCGACAAAAUGCUCAACGAGAUCAAGGCGGCGGUACUGUUCUUAGUAAAUCUGAUCGAAAAAAGCGAAAAAUUUAGUCCCGAUCAAUUGGAAUGCUUCAAGCGGCACCUGGUCGAACUGCUGACGGAACGCUUCAAAAAUCACUGGUUUCCCGACAAACCGUUUAAAGGCCAGGGCUACCGUUGCAUUCGCGUCAAUGGCCACAAUCGUCGGGACGCAACCCUGGAAAGUGCCGCGAACGCGGCUGGUGUCAAGUACGAGGAUCUGGCAUUGCCGGUGGAAUUGACGCUGUGGGUUGAUCCCAACGAAGUCUGCUGUCGAUUUGGCGAGAGCAAGGGAUCGUACUGUACGCUGGCAUCAUUCGAUGAUAAAGAAAACACUGUACCCAUUUUUCAAGCCGAGCAUAAUGAAAACAUAGAGAACGAGAAUAAGCCAGCCCACGUGGGGUCUAUCAAGAUACAGAAAUCCCCUCUAACCGCAAGUACAGAACAACAAUUGAAAUCAAAACCAUUAAGCAUCGCUAAUCAAAAUCAACAGCAUAGCAAUAACGGUACAGGUAAGAGGCGCAACUUGAACAGUCCUAGGUUGCAUCUGAACAGAAAUCGUUCGUGGUUUGGCCAUUCCUUCAGUAUGGGUUACGGUCCUCAUCCAAUCAGCCAGCCAUGGUACAAUAUAAUGCCCCCGCAUUUCCUCGGUGGCCCUUCUCCGCCACCUUUUAUAGGACACCGAGGGAAUAAGUGGGUACAUCAACCUUCUUAUCCCGCAGGACCCGCCCGUUUUCACCAUUGGUCUCCCAAAGCUGCUCUUAAGGUAUAAAGAGAAGAGAGUUUUAAGAAAAUAGUUAAGAAACCUGUUUCUUCUUGGAAAAAAAACCAGAAAAUUUGAAACACAAAAUAUAAUUGCUUGUUUUCCAGAAAAUAUUGUUGAAUCUAUUAUUAAAAGUAUUUAAAUUAAAAUGUAUUCAUGAUGAAAUUUAUGCAGGUAGAGAAUGUAAAUGUAAAUUUUUAUAUUGGAAACAGGUUUAUUAACGCGUUUCAGUGACAAAAAUUAUCCAUCCUGUAAUUACAAAUGACCUUGUUCGAACUAAGGCUUACGAUUUUUUAUGAGAAGUAUUGCAUUAUUACAUGUUACGUAUAUAUAAUAAAAAUUGGAGUAAAUGUUUAACUCCGGAUGCAAGGUUGCUUGUAAAAAGAUAGAUUAAUGCACUAUAGCAAUUCAAAUAGAAUAGUAAAUGACGCAGUAUGUGCGUGAAAUGGAAAUAGAUGUCAUAUCAUGACCAGUUAUUUCACCGAUCAAUUUUUGAAAUAACUUAAACUUUAUUCGGAAUUAUACGCGUGAUAAUAUAUCAAAGAAUUGAGAAUUGAGAAAAUUUAUUUAUCUAUAAUCAUCGCAAAUUGAUGAAUUGUAUAUUUGCUUUGUUACAUCUGUUUUGUUACAUUUGUUGUUGUCAAAUGCGUUAUUGAAUUUGUAUAAUUGAAUUGGCAACGCCAUUUGUUUAAGCGCGCGCGUUAAUAGUUUAUAAUAGGACAGAAUAGGAAAAUAAUUUCGAAAGUUUUAAAACUUGAUACAAUUAUUUAUGGUAUAAAUUUAUUAUUUUAAGUCUGUUCUUUAUCGAUAAACUCCCUGAAUUGGUAUACAUCGGUGCAAUAAGUUAAAAUGUAAUAAAUAUAGUUUGUUUCACUUUAACUAUUGUACCGUGAGCAUCAUCAAUUCAGAGAGUUUUUUGAUGAAGAACACAGAUUUUUUGCCACGUUACAUGCAAUAUAUUCAUGUUCAAAAGUCAUAGCUUUAUGUAUUUCUUAAACGGUUUAUCUGAGCUUUCUCCGACAAACCUCCCGAAGGUGAUGCAGGACGUUAUGUGUAUAGCUGUAUAGUCUUAAAAAGACCACGAUUAAAACUUUUUUAUUUUACAUUGAAAAGAUAUUUUUGUAAUAAAUAAUACGUUGUAUGUGUGCGUAAAGCACAGAAAAGCUUUAUUUUACACCAAAAGGAAUGUCGACAUCAAGUUCGAAAACUUUCAAAAUUAAUCCCGUUACUUGUCCCGUUAUAGUCUAAUUUAAACUGGAUAAAUAACAGGUUUUGUUCCGAAUAUAUGACUAAUAUUUACUCUAUAGUAGAUUUUAUUUACAUAUUAUUAGCUAUA